GUUCUUCCUCCUUUUGUGCUCUUUGUUGCCAACGUCUCCUGCACGAUGUCAUUCUCUGAAGCAGAAGUGCAAAGCGCUCGCGGCGCCUGGGAGAAGAUAUAUGUUGAUGCGGAAGACAACGGGACAGCUGUGCUGGUCAGGAUGUUUACAGAGCACCCAGACACCAAGUCCUACUUCACACACUUCAAAGGCAUGGACAGUGCCGAAGAGAUGAAACAGUCAGAUCAGGUCAGGGGGCACGGCAAAAAGGUUUUUACUGCCAUCAAUGACAUAGUGCAACAUUUGGACAACACCGAAGCUUUUCUUGGGAUAGUGAACCCCCUGGGCAAGAAACAUGCCACCCAGCUCAAGAUUGACCCCAAAAACUUUAAGAUUAUCUGUGACAUUAUCUUGCAACUGAUGGAGGAGAAAUUUGGUGGAGACUGCAAAGCUUCCUUUGAGAAGGUGACCAAUGAAAUCUGCGCUCACCUGAACAAUGCCUACAAAGAAGCUGGUUGGUGAGGAUGCAACACCUAGGCUUCUCAAACUUCUCACCAGCCCUGAUUUGCUGCUUUUGGUCCUCCAGCCACAGUUGGAAGAAAGAAAAAGUCAAAAAAAAAAAAAAAAAGAGUUGAGAGAAAGAGAGAGACUUAUAUAAUACAGAUAUUAAUGUCAAUAAUUGCCUUAGCAAACUGAGUUUCUACAAUUAAAUGAAAACCACAUACACAUACAUGAAAACCAACCAACUAAUCCUGACAUGCUUUGCAGCUGCAGUGUUCCAGGUGGGUUCUUCUGGCAACAGUCCUCGAAGACCACAUAGCUGAUUUUAAACUUGCUAAUCCUGAGUGAAAGACUUUCUCCUUACACCAGCCCAGAGAGGAACCAGCAGCUCUUUUAUCUCAGCUAUCACCUUUCCGCACUUGUGAAUGACAAGCAGGAGACCGUUUUGAAGCAUCUCUUGUGUCAGGGACUUUGAAGAGGUCAUGUUCUGAGAGACAUAAGAGCCAUUUCUUGUUUGAAGUUAAAAAUGGGGGCAGGGGGAGGUUCUCUGAGUAUAGGAAAGAAUAACUUCUGAGAACGUCACAGGGAAAGUCCUAUCUCGAGCAAGCCGGCAGAGCCCCCCCGCAACCUGGGACGAGGGUGUCUCAGAGA